UGGCUCGAAAAUAAAAUUCGACAUUCUUUCCAAUAUUGAAAAAGAAUUUACAAGGCUAUUUUUAGCCUUCCAUCUCUCUGUGUCGUUUUUCUUUAACAAUCAUCCCCUGCGGUCAUGGCCACAACUCUGCCAUGGCGGCAACCACCAUUCCCCACCCUCCUAAAGAGGCGGUGCCCAGCUGCGUUUCGGCACGUAGGAACAGUGCGCGCCUUCCAGCGUGGAGACUUCGACAGGUUGGCGAGAAAUGCGUGGCGGAGUGCAAAUGAUGGAUUUGAGCAGCUAAUGUACGAGGCAAGGAAAGCUGCCGAGCGUAUUGAUAGAAGAUACUCUGUCUCAAGGAGAGUUAGUGACGUUGCUCAAUCUGCAGCUGAGCGUGCACGUGAGAUCGAUAGAGAGUUGGAGAUUGGUGUUCGAUGGCGUACUUUUACUGUUGAUUUUAGUAGAAAUUGGCCUAGGUACAGGAGGCAGCUCAAUGAUUUUCUGGAUACCCCAUUAGGGAGAGGUUUUGCUACUAUUUUCUUCCUCUGGUUUGCAUUGUCUGGCUGGCUAUUUCGGAUCUUGAUAUUUGCUACAUGGGUUCUGCCAUUUGCCGCACCUCUUCUCAUUGGGACUGUGGCAAAUAAUCUUGUCAUUAAGGGGGCUUGUCCAGCAUGUAAGAGGCAGUUUGUUGGAUACAAGAGCCAAGUAAUUCGCUGUGCCGGUUGUGGUAACAUUGUGUGGCAGCCGGAUUCAAGAGAUGGUAGAGGUAGAGGAACCUCUUCAUCAAAGUCCGAUACUAACAUAAUUGAUGUUGAGUUCGAAGAGAAGUGAUAAGAGAUGCUCGACAAGCCAAACUUUUGGUUUCACUUCCAGUGGACACUGCAAGACAUGUGGAAUACAGAGAAGACUUUGGAGAAAAGGAGUUGUUUUUUUUCCAUGCAUGUGAAUGGUGUUUAGGCCUUCAGCUUUCUUCUUGCUAGGUAGUUCUGUCUCAUCUUCUGAAAGUGCCCCUAGGAUUGUAUACUGUCUUUCUUACACCCAGUUGAAGAAUUAAAAUACCAUAGACUCUAGAAAUGUAAAAUAUCCGUUUGAUUAUAAAUCAUAACAACUUGUAAUUUUCUUUCAUAGUUCGUUUGCCCUUGCGAGUCCUUUGAUAUCCGGUGAAUUAGCAAAGAACUAUCUUGCUUUCUAUAUAUACUAGCUUUUCUUUCACUUGCAUCAA